UGAGCGUAGCUCUCAUCUUGUAACUUAGGGUAAUGUAAGCUAAAGUGAUGUACGAAGGGUUGACCUAGAAAGGGGAGUUUCGUUAUACUUGGUGCUAUGUUUUUGCAAAGUUUAUUAUUACAGUAUUGUAUAUAGGAAAAAAUAUUAUUUAAAGUUUUAUAGCAUAUAAAAUGUAUUGAACUGUACUGUACUGCACUCUGAUAUUAAUAAAGUUUUUCUUUUCAGUUUCAUAAAUGGCCCAGCAAAGGAAAUUACCAGUGAGAGAUCUUUGUCAACUUUGACUUUUGUGAAUUAUUAAACAUUUCUGCAUUUCUACUUUGAAAAAUAAUGUGAUUUGCAGAGGGAGGUGGUGAUGCAUAAAAGAAAGAGUGAACUUUUUGUAAUAAAGUACUUAUUGUAGAAUGAGUACUGGUAAUGCAUUUGGGUAAUAUAUAUUGCAUUCAUUUUAGUCAUGAUGGAAGAUGAUACAGAGAGAGAUAGAAAGCUAAAUAGAGCAAGUAGAGUUUAUCCUUCAAAAUCAAAGAGGCUUGUACCACCCAUAGUGAAUCCUGUUACACAAGAGAGGUGUUUCUUAGAGAAUACAGAUAGUUGUGUGCAAGUGCCAACACCUUUCAACAUAGAUCUUCCUCGUUUUAACUUGGAAGGCAAUGCUUCAACUUCAUCUCAGAUCUUUUUAUGUGAUUCAGCUUCACUAAUUCAGGGUUCCAAUCUGCAAGCACACUGUGCUGAUUCCGACUCUUUUGGAAGUUUUAACUUCGUAACCUUAAAAGACUUAACCCUUUUAGGGCCUGACAUGAGAAAUGCCACCACCCAAACUCUAUAUGAAACCACUGAAAAAUUACCUCGGAAUCCCAAAAGUGUAUCAGACAUAGCUGUUAAACUUAGUAUACCUCAUGGCUUUCAGGCUUAUAAAAAAUCACUCUCCAAUAGGUUAAAAUCUCACUGUAAUUCAUGUUCAUCUGACUCUAAUAGAGAGAGUUCUUUUCUGAAAAGUAUGAAUAAAUCCAACUCACAAAAAGAAAAUGUUAUCAGAUAUGUACAAAAGAGCAGUUUUAAGUCAUUAAAGCAAGAUGAUGAUACUUUGGCUUCUGAAAAGCUUAAACGGCCUCAGCAUCAAGUCGUUGGGUUUCUUGAAGAUCAUGCUGAAUUUGGCUCAGACUGGAUGGAAGCCAUUGAUUUUAGAGGAAGGUACACCCCAUCUGUACUAGAGUCAACAGUGGAUGGAAGCAUUGUAAAGGGUGCAAGAAGGUAUGUCAAUAAGCAUAUACGUAACACCCAUGGAUCAUUCUUUCCUCUCCGCUGUGGAUAUUGUGUGUUUCUGGGUCAGGACCACAACCAGCUGCGUCACCACAUUCGUAAAAAACAUGGAACAUCAAAAUAUCGUAUAAUUGAUAUACCACCUAUGCUUGCUGACCAUGAUCAAUCAGAAGAUAAAUCUUCAAUAAUGGAUGAUGAUUUAGAAAGCAUUGAAGACGAGUCUAAUGCAUCUCAAACAAGAACCCUACUGUGCCCGUUGUGUGGAAAAUCACUCAAGGUCAGGAGGCUCAUAUAUAACUAUAUUUUUAAAACAUUAAAGUUAACUCUAACAUUACGCGACCAGCAACCAAAGAACUGCGUGCUUUGUUUCACGCUCACACUAAACUCCGCUAAACUCUCCCUAUAUGAUGCUACUCUGAUUGUGUUUAUCAAGUCAAAACUUGUUGCAUAUGGUUAUGUUUGGUAUCACGGUGAUCGCAAUAAAAUUGCCUACACAGACAUAUGCAUAAAAGUUCAGUGUCUGAUGAGGAUGAGACAUGUGGUUGGCGUGGAAGACGAUGAAAUAAAGGACGCCUCGCUCCAGAUGGGCCAGGUGUUGCCAGAUCAUCAGAAGGAUCUUGGUAUUCAUCAGCAUGUGGGAGAGGGCUUUCAGUGGCAGGCCACUCAUCCAGGUCCCACCUCAACAGGGCCCAUAUUGCUACCUCAUGAAACUGGAGUAGGGAUGCAACCUGCGGAAGUUGCAGGAACCUGCAACUUCACGUGCAGGUUCCUUCCCUUUUGGCUACCUUGGUGGCAGAGAAUUUGCGUACUUGUGCCCUGCUUGCUUCAGCCCUGCGGUUCUUUUCCUCUCCUUGAGCUGUCCUUAGACUGGCUUGAGUUGGAUGUGGAGGCUCUUGAGGCCACUGUCGGGUCCGGUGCACUGCCGGGUCCGGUGCACUGCCCUCCACGAUUGGGGCUGCAUUGCUUUUUCAUGUUUUUUGUUUUUUAUGUUCCCUUUUCACUACUUUUAUUGUCUUUGCAGGUUUUUAUAGAAGAGAGUGAUGGAGAUGCAAUGGUGGAAGAUGUGACGCCAUAUUUGAAACUGAUAACUGCGAAAUAUGGAGUUCGACAGCCAAAAAAGGAAGGAAAAUGGAUGCGCCAGUACAGAUGUCCACACUGUGACUAUACCUGCAACUUCAACUCUUCUUACAAUCGCCAUUUGCGGCUUCAUAAUGGUGUUAAGCCAUAUAAAUGUGGCUACUGUGAUUUCCAUGCCCGAGAAUCUUACGUUGUACGUAAACAUUGCUCAAAAAGUCACAAGGGUAAGAAGACAAUAAUUGAAAAUGACAAUAAUUUUAAAGCUCCAUAUCGUUAUGAAACCGGAGUAAAGAAUGAGACAAAUAUAAGAGCAGAUGGUAAUGAUGAAAUGGAAAAAGAAUUUAAUUCUAUUAUUACAAGUGAUUUUACAUUUCCCCUGAAGUCCAGAGCAAAAUCAGAGAAGAAAUCAACUUCAAAGUUAGAAAUAAAAUACUACAAUGACAAUGGUGCAAGAUUAGAAAAGCAUGAAGAAAAUGAACAUUUAUCAGGAAAUGUUCUACCGUCUUUCUCAUUGAGGACUAAAAACAGAUCCCAUGGUGAUAUUGGAUUAAAAAAGAUAUUAUGUACAGACACAGGGAAAGGGAAAAAAAUUACAAAGCCCUGCUUACCUAGGUUCAAAAGUCAAUCCGGACAAAAGUUUAAACCUGUUGGAGGCCUGAAGAAGGUCUACCCACAUGUUGAAGUAUUAAAAUAUCAGACGACAAAUGUCCCAGCAUUAUACAUGACUGAGAGUAAAAGCUUGGAACAUGUAGAAGAAAUGAUGGAAAUUCACACAGCCAAGCAAGUAAAUAAUGAAAUUAUGACAGGAGAAUUAAGAAAACCAGAUAGUCUUUUGAAAACAUUUUGUUUUGAAGAUGAGAAGGAUCAACAUAUACAGAGAGAUGGACGACAGAUGCCAAAACCAACAUUCUCACCUCAAGGCAGUCUGGCUAUAAAGGUGAAAACUUUUAAACGUUGUCAGGACCCUCAAACUGACAUGACAAAAAUGAGCAAUAAAGGUGGAUAUAAAAAAGCUGACACAUGUGAUAAGACUUUACAGCAACAAAAUGACAAAUUAUUGUGUGAACAAAAUAUAGAUUCUUGCAAUCUCUCUCAAAAGAAUGAUAAUUAUUGCAGUAUUAGUCUCAGCAUACCCAAAAUUAAUAAUAAAUAUGAGAAAACUGUCAUUAUUCAUUUAAGUACCUUAGAUAGUGAACUCUUGGAAAUAGAUAAAAUUUCAUAUUCACCAUAUGGUGAGGUUCAAGAGUCUACUUCUGUAAAUUGCAAGCAUUCUGAAGUUACCAAACAAGGCACUUAUGGAUCACAUAGGAGCUGCAUUUUCAGAGACUUGGGCAAAAAAUACAAUUGUGAGUUAAUAAAUGCAGGAGAUUCCAAAACUGGUAAUAAAUCUAAAAGCAAUGUUGCUCUUGAAAAGGCUCCCAAGGCUGAUUGUCAGGAAAACCUAGAAAGUUGUUGUGAAGCAGAGCCAAUGUUAACUCAUCCCACUGAGGGAUUAGAGAAGAAUCUUUACACUCAUAUUGCUUUCCUCACAGAUUCACGUGUGCAACGCCUUAAUAAUUGCUUAUCAGCCACUCCGGGAGUAAUGACACGAGAUCUUCUUGCUCUAGACUAUAGUAAUAGUGAAUAUUUUUCUUCAGACAAAGUUAGACUUAUGAUGAUGAAGAAAAAAGGUGGCCGGAUAAAAUGUAGAGAAUGUGGUGUAGCAACAACUUACAGAGCAUUUUACAAGCAUGCCAAAAAGCAUUUUAACAUCAAGCCUUUUAAAUGUGGAUACUGCUCAUACAGAUCCAUUGAAAAGAGCAAGAUACGUGUUCAUAGUACAUUUUGCCAUCCCAGUAACCCAUGUAUAAUACUGAAGCUGUCACCAGAAACAGCUGGUAUUAAUGUUAAUGCAGCACAUUUGAAUAACAAUAAUAAAUGUGUAGUAGUAGAAGCUGAAAACAAUAGUAAAUACUUUAGUCUUCCAACUUCAGGCAAUAAUUCACUGGUUUCAUGCAUAUCAAAAAAUUCACUUUCGUCAACAUCAAGCUCAAUAAUAUACUCAACGACUAAUUCACUCUGGUCAACAGCAAACUUAGCAAGCAAUUCACUUGGAGCAACAGGAAAUUCAGCAAAUUAUUCACUGAAGUCAGCAGAAAACUCAGCAAGUAAUUUAAUAGGAUCAAAAGUAAAUUCAGUGAGUAAUUCACCCGGGUCAACAGCAAACUCAGUGAGUAAUUCACCCGGGUCAACAGCAAACUCAGUGAGUAAUUCACCCGGGUCAACAGCAAACUCAGUGAGUAAUUCACCCGGGUCAACAGCAAACUCAGUGAGUAAUUUAUCCAAGUUAACAGCAAACUUGGCGAGUAAUUCACUUGGGUUGACAGCAAACUCAUUAGUGGCAUCAAAAAACAAUACUCUGGAGCAACUUAAUCCAACUACUAAACAACCUGCUCUCGGUACUGGAAGUGCUCCACAUAUGAUAGGCAGCACAUCUCAGAAGCAGCAUCCUUUCCAAUGCCCAAUUUGUAUGAAGUUUCUUCAGAAGCAUAUGCCAUCUAUAAGAAGACACCUGUACAGUCAUUUUGGGUAUAAACCCUACAAGUGUGGUUACUGUAACUUCUCUGGUAUUGGACAAAGUGAGGUGAGAGCUCAUCAUGUCAUUCAUGGCUUCACAAAACUGCCGAAGGUUGAACAUUCUGGAAUUCCUAUGCCAUCUGAUCUUAUCCCAUACGUCAGUAAUAUACUCGGUAAUAGAGGAGGACGACCACUUCACAAAAAAAGAGGACAUAUGUGUCUUCAAAAUUCUGCAUCACAGCUACAACAAUCUCAGAGCCAAUGGAAAAAAUCAGAAACAGUUUCUACAGAAGAAUUUACUGCAAUAUACUUAGCUCAAGAAAUUUCUCAGCAGGAAUUAGUGUAGUACCUCGCACUCAAGAAAGUGAACUAGAGUCAAAUAAUAUGGAAAAUUGCAAAUUACCAUAUCCCUUAGUCCAGAAUAUUUAACACCUAAAGCUGCUCAUUCUAUGCAGGUUCUUGAGUUUUGCCAAGAUGCUAAUUUUAUAAGUGUAUUGCCUUCUCGGAAAGAUCUCUGUAUAGCAUCAGAUGCACAAUCUAAUUUUGGUUCUCAUUCAGUUAGCGUUGGUGCAUGUAAUUUAAUGAUUACA